CGUAUGUGCGUCUCUGUUUGUAUGUACAUCUAUUAAAAUGGCAGAAGCCAGUUUUUCUCAGGACCAGUUCAGCUGCUCAGUGUGUCUGGAUCUCUUGAAGGAUCCAGUGACUAUUCCCUGUGGACACAGUUACUGUAUGAGCUGUAUUACAGACUGCUGGAAACAGAAGAGAGUCUACAGAUGCCCUCAGUGCAGACACACCUUCACUUCAAGACCUGCUUUAUGUAAGAAUGUCAUAAUUGCUGAGAUGGUGGCGAAACUGAAGACGACAGACUUACAAACAGCUGAACCUGGAGAUGUGGAGUGUGACGUCUGUACUGGGAAGAAAUACAAAGCGGUCAAGUCCUGUGUGGAGUGUCUGAACUCUUACUGUCAAAGUCAUUUUGAACAACAUGAGAAUCUCUUUAAAGACAGGAGACACAAUCUGAUGGAUCCCAUUAGACGACUCUGCCCAAAACACAACAAACAACUGGAAAUCUACUGUCGUACUGACCAGCAGUUAAUUUGUUUUCCGUGUUUGAUUGACGAACAUAAAAACCAUGACACUGUAACAGCUGAAGCAGAAAGGACAGAGAAACAGAGGCUUUUGGGAGAAACACAAAGAAAAUUCCAGCAGGGAAUUCAGGAGAGACAGAAUCAGCUCCAGGAGCUGAGAGACGCUGUGAAGUCUCAUAAGGCAGCAGUAAGUGCUUAUUGUGAUGCGCAAGCAGCAGUGGACGACACUGAGAGGACCUUUACUCAGCUCACCCGCUCCAUUGAGAGAAGCCGCUCUCAGGUGAUACAGUUGAUCAGAGCUCAGGAAGAGGCUGCAGUGAGUCGAGCUGAAGGACUCUUACUGCAAUUAGAACAGGAGAUUGAUGAUCUGAUGAGUACAAAUGCUGAACUGGAGCAGCUUUUACACACAGAUGAUCACGUCCAUUUCCUGCAGUGUGUGUAUAUCAGUAUCAUACAAGAGCAUCAGCCAAGGACCAGGGAACAGUUCCUUCAGUAUUCAUGCCAGCUCACUCUGGAUUCAAACACAAUGAAUCGAUUCCUCCGCCUGUCUGAAGAGAACAGUGUGGCUACUUGCACCGACACACCCCAGCAUUAUCCUGCUCACCCAAACAGAUUUGAUGGCUGUGUGCAGGUGUUUUGUAAAGAGGGUGUGUGUGGACGCUGUUAUUGGGAGGUUGAGUGGAGUGGGAGAAAAAGUGUGUGUAUAUCAGUAUCAUACAAGAGCAUCAGCAGGAAGCAAUUGUUUGGAUUUAAUAAUCAGUCCUGGAGUUUGUUCUGCUCUUCCUCCAGUUACGUAUUCAGGCACAAUAACAUAAAGACUGAGCUCCCUGUGUCCUCCAGAUCCUCUAGAAUAGGAGUGUAUGUGGAUCUCUGUGUAGGAAUUCUGUCCUUCUACAGCGUCUCUGACACAAUGAGCCUCAUCCACAGAAUCCAGACCACAUUCACUGAGCCUCUCUGUCCUGGGUUUGGGUUUAGUAGUGGAUCAUCAGUGAAACUGUGUAUAUGA